ACUGAAUCGGAAAAUGUACUCAUUCUUUUCUCUGUUUCUUCUUCUUCCUUUCUUCAUUUAUAAAGCUCUGCUAUGAUUUUCUGGCUAUUGUACUUUUUAUUUAUAAUCGACUGUACGAUUAUUAGGACUUUGUUCUUGCACGAACGUGAAAGUUUAGUUAUUUACGUGCAUGGAGGUUCGAAUGAUGUAUAUUUCAUUAAAUAUCGGGUUGAUUUCAUAAAAUACCACGGGAAAACAGAGUUUUACGUCAUUCAGUGCUUUAUUCGGCAAGAGAAUCGUAUCAAUGCCACAUUUCUUAAAUAAAUCAUGGUUUUUCUACUUUGAAUCUAAAACAAAAGAAAAUAUUGGGAUUUGAUUUUGUUUUCCUCCGCAAUGUCUCUUCUUUUUUAUUGGUUACUCACCAAUGGAACAGUGUAUUGAGGCUCUUCAUUUAUGGAAAUGUGGAACUUAUGGGUUUAACUCUCUCCUUUUUUCUACCGUUCUCAGAGUUCACAUAGUUUAAUCUUCUUCUUUUUUUUUUUCAGAUUUAUGAGUCUUUCUUUUUUCUUUUUCUUUUUUUUUUCUUUUUUUCCAAGGGAUCUAGGUAUGAAUGAUUUUUUCUUUGUUUUCUUCACGGUUGGAUCCACGAAAAUCUCGCAGUAUGCUGGUUUAUGUAUACGAUGCUUUUCUUCCCCUUAAUUAGCAACUCAUCCAACUUGGUGAAAUUCACUGAUUCAAUUUAUAUAGCCUUACAAUGUGCUGUGAUAAAUGGAUUUGUAGCAUCUUUGCAUUUGUUCAAUGUAAGGUACCAGUUGAUGAAUCCAAAUUCCAGAGUCUAUGGCAUCAGCAAUGGAAAAUGUCAGAACUCCAUUCAACGGGAUAAUUAAAGAUAUCAAAGGAAGGGCUGCAUGCUAUAAGGAAGAUUGGGUUUGUGCACUUUGCCCAGGCAUCAGGAUAUUUGCUCCAACUGCCUACAUCUUCUUCGCUUCUGCUCUCCCCGUUAUUGCCUUUGGGGAGCAACUGAGUAGAGAAACAGAUGGAAGCUUAAGCGCAGUGGAAACAUUAGCUUCUACUGCUAUUUGUGGAAUCAUCCACUCAAUUUUUGGGGGACAGCCUUUAUUGAUUUUAGGAGUUGCAGAACCCACAGUUAUAAUGUACACUUACUUAUACAACUUCAGCAAAGGACGGCCAGGGUUGGGGAGAAAGCUGUAUUUGGCAUGGGCUGGGUGGGUUUGCAUCUGGACGGGUCUCCUGUUGCUUUUUCUUGCGGUAUUUAAUGCAUGUACCAUCAUUACUAAAUUUACGAGGAUAGCAGGAGAACUUUUUAGCAUGCUGAUUGCUGUUCUUUUUAUGCAAGAAGCUGUUAAGGGAGUGAUCGGUGAAUUCAGUGUUCCCAAAUCUGAAGAUCGGGCAUUAGAAAAGUAUCAAUUCGAGUGGUUGUAUACAAAUGGGUUGCUUGCCAUCAUUUUCUCUUCUGGUCUACUUUUCACUGCACGUAAGAGCAGAAGAGCAAGAUCAUGGCUCUAUGGCACAGGGUGGCUCCGAGGUUUCAUUGCAGACUAUGGGGUUCCAUUGAUGGUCUUGUUGUGGUCAGCAUUAUCUUAUGCUGUACCAGGAGAAGUUCCGGAUGGAGUUCCCAGGAGGCUCUUUUGUCCACUUCCCUGGGAAUCUGCAUCAUUGUACCAUUGGACAGUAAUCAAGGAUAUGGGAAAGGUCCCACUGUUGUACAUUUUUGCUGCUUUUAUUCCGGCCAUGAUGAUAGCAGGCCUAUACUUCUUUGACCACAGUGUUGCUUCUCAGAUGGCACAACAGAAUGAGUUUAAUCUCCAAAAACCUUCUGCAUACCAUUAUGAUAUUUUAUUGCUUGGAAUAAUGACUAUGAUCUGUGGGUUGCUUGGACUUCCUCCUUCAAAUGGAGUCCUCCCGCAGUCCCCCAUGCACACCAAAAGUCUGGCAGUUCUGAAUAAGCAGUUGAUUCGAAAGAAGAUGGUAAAGCAUGCCAAGGAAUGUAUUAAACAACAAGCAAGCAACUCUGAAAUCUAUGGAACGAUGCAAGCCGUGUUCAUAGAAAUGGACACAGCUCCAACUACCAAAGAGUUGGAGAACUUGAAGGAGGCUGUAAUGAAAGCUGAUGAUGAGGGAGAUGCAAAGGGCAAAUUUGAUCCGGAAAAACACAUUGACGCUUAUUUGCCUGUCCGGGUUAAUGAGCAAAGAGCAAGCAACUUAUUCCAGUCUUUGCUUGUGGGACUAUUAAUUUGUGCUAUCUCGGUAAUCAAAAGGAUACCUACCUCAGUUCUAUGGGGAUACUUUGCCUACAUGGCCAUUGAUAGCCUCCCUGGGAAUCAGUUCUGGGAAAGGAUGUUACUCCUCUUCAUCGCCCCGAGACGUCGUUACAAAAUCUUGGAAGGCACUCAUGCUUCCUUUGUCGAGUCAGUGCCAUUCAAAUCCAUCGCUUUAUUUACACUCUUCCAAUUAGCGUAUUUUCUGGUCUGUUUUGGAGUGACGUGGAUACCUGUAGCUGGAAUAAUGUUCCCACUGCCAUUCUUCCUUCUCAUAAGCAUCAGACAGCGCCUGCUUCCCAAGCUGUUUGACCCUAGCCAUCUUAAGGAACUGGAUGCUUCUGGGUAUGAAGAAAUUGCCGGUGCCCCACAGCAUAAACGAAGCCACUCAAUAACGAAGUGUGGGCAGGAAAAGGACUUGCCUGAUUCUGUUAGUGAGGAGAGUUCACUAGGAUUCCAUGAUGCGGAGAUUUUGGAUGAGUUGACAACCAAUAGAGGGGAGGUCAAGCUUAGAACCGUAAGCUGGAAUGAUGAAAGGUUGUUUCAGGUUUACCCAGAUGGUGUCCGAAGGCAAUGAAAGCCUCUAUAUAGUGUUGGGAUAUAAACUGUGCUUGUAAUAAUGAGAGUUGAGCAUGGUCCUGUGAAGAUGGGAUGAAAUGUGAGUCUUCUUCGCGAUAGUCAGCUAAGAGGAGAUGAUAUGAGAAAUACAUAAUAUCUACACAACCACCAGCAAAAAAUACAAAAGCCAAACGAAACAAAAGGGAAAGAUGAGGAAGCAAUGGAGAGAAGAAAGCAUUUUCAUUUUCUGUAGGAAAAAACAUUAGAAUGUAUAAAGUGAGCUCAUUUAGCCCUCCAUUCAUUUGCCUAUUGCUGUACUAGCAAAUCACGUGACAAAUGUAGCUAUUUUUCUUUUUUCUUUUUUUAAUUUCCAAAUUUGAUUACUAGAAUUUUAUCAAUUUCUUAUUGGAUUCUAUUAGUUGCACACGAGUUUGUACAAAGAUUGUAAUGCAAAAAAUCAGAUUAGAUGUUGAUAUUUAAGUAGGAA